AUGUCGUUAAAAGUAUUAGCUGCCGAUAGUAUGAUUCCAAAUAAAUUAAAGCGUCAUUUUGAAACUAAUCAUGGAUCGUUAAUUAAUAAAAAACGUGAUUAUUUUGUAAGGCAACGUGAACAAUUAGAAAAACAAUCAACCAGUUUUAUUAAACAGACAAGUGUUCCAACCAAAGCACUUUUAGCUUCUUAUAAGGUAGCAUUUCGUGUUGCUCAGAGUAAAAAACCUCAUACAAUUGCUGAAGAACUCAUUUUACCAUCAGCAAUUGAUAUGGUUUCUACUAUGAUCGGGGAAUCUGCUGCAAACCAACUUAAAAAUAUUCCCUUGUCUAAUAAUACAAUAAAAGAGUUAUUAUUUUGUAAACCAAUUUUCGGAGACACUAAGGCUCAAACCUUAUUUGAUAUCACUAAUGAAUUUAUGAAUUGUAAUAAUAUUAAUUGGGAAAACUGUUUGGGUGUAUGUACAGAUGGGGCUCGAGCUAUGGCUGGUCAUUAUGGUGGACUUCAGGCUUUAAUACGAAAAAAAGCUCCAGAAAUGAUAUGGACUCAUUGUAUUAUUCAUCGAGAAUCUUUAGCAUCACAAAAUAUGUGUCCAUCGUUAAAUACCGUACUUCAAACAGUUAUAAAAGUAGUAAGCUACAUAAAAACAAGGCCUGUUAAAGCAAGGUUCUUUAAAAAAAUAUGUGAAGAAAUGGGAGCAGAGCAUACUGCGUUACUGUUUUAUUGUAAUUCUAGAUGGCUAUCAAAAGGAAACGUACUAAUACGAGUGUUCGAACUUAGACAAGAACUUUACACUUAUUUGAGUGAAGAAGGUCAUAAUGAUUUUAACAAGUUUAUUGAUAGUAAAGAAACUAAUAUUCUGCAAUUAUAUGAUAAAGUGGUUGCUUUUAUUAAAAAAAUCGAGUUAUGGCAAAGGAAACUAACCGAAGAAAACGGUAAAACCACGUGUUUUUCAUUUUUAAAAAGUUUUCUUGAAGAUAAUGAUCUUGAAUUACCAAUGAGCUCACUAAACAUAAUUUCUGAUCAUCUGAUGACUCUUAAAAAUCAUUUCGAGAAAUAUUUUCCAGAAGACAUCGUACAAUACAAUUGGAUUAAAGAUCCAUUUAGUGAAAACCCUUUACCAAAUUUCACAACUACUGAAGAAGAACAAUUUAUCGAUAUUUCAUCUGAUUCUUCGUUACGAAUGAAAUUUUCUUCAUUUUCACUUUUAGAAUUUUGGAGCAGCAUUAAAGAUGAAUAUUCUGAAAUAUCCAACAAAGCUUUGCGUGUACUACUACCAUUUGCGACAUCGUAUUUAUGCGAAGCAGGCUUUUCUGCAGUUGCUGUAUUGAAAUCAAAAUAUCGAUCAAAACUUAAUAUUGAAAAAGAAAUGCGUGUGGCUGUCACAACAUUGCUACCUAAUUUUGAAGAAUUAUUAAACAGAAAACAAGCACAUUGUUCACAUUAA